UUGAGGCCCCGCCGUGCUGAUGUGCUGAUAUACCGUCUUACCCCACCAGCCGUUCAACGCGCCCUUCUUUGCUUCUAACACAUUGCAUUCAACACCAUGUUGGCCAUCGAGACUACACAGCCGCCCCCACUGUUCAGGAAGACAUCCCUCUUCCGCCGCUUCACCAGAAAGGACAGGCCCCUCGAGAUAUCAAGCCCCAUCAUCGCCUCACCACACCAAUGGAACACAACCCCACCGCAAUCGCCUCGUUCCCCACGGAACCUGGCACACCGCCCGCCCGAGCCCCAGCUCGAGCGCGUAGCUGAGAUGGCACCCGCACUGCCCCCUCUCAGCAUCACGCCCGCCCAGAAGCCCCGGGCAUUCGUAACCCACAUCCGCGUCGACUCAGGCUCGUUCCCCACCCUACCCACAUCCCAGCACUUCACGACGCACCCCUCGCCCCCGCCCUCCCCAGAACCGCAGCAUCGCUGCUCUCCAACCCAGCCUCGCACCGACACGCCCUCCCGCGUCCCCCGCAGCGCACACCCGUCAUCGCCGUUCCCGCACAGCACCUGCAUCGGCGCGUGGGACAUCUUCCUGCCGCCGGCGCAGGUGCAUGCGCUGUACGCCGGCGCCCUGUCUGCCGCGGCGCCUGGGUGGUUUGUUUUCUCCGAGGGUCCCGAUGGCAAUGGGAAGCUCAAGGUGCACUUCCAUCGUGCGCGGACGGGGACCAAGGUCGCGGAGCUGUUUGUCGUUGUCGAUCUCAAGGGUGCGGGGGCGGGCAAGAUCGUUGGUAUUAAGUGGGAUGCGGGGGGGAUGGGGGAGUGGGAGGCGAAGAGGGUUGUCAGGGGGGCGUGUAGGGGGGCGUUGGGGAUUGAGCUCGAGGGGGAGUUGUUUUAGGGGUUCUCACGACGGGGUUGCUCUUCUUCCUCUUCUUCUUCCUCUUCUUCUUCCUCUUCUUCUUCUUCUUCUUCUUCUUCUUCUUCCUCCUCUUCUUCUUGAAGGGUUGGUGGUUAUGUUCCGCGCUCAGCGAGCGUUCUGUAUGCCGUCGUUGAGGCGUCUGUGCCUCUGGUAGGUUUUCAGAUCUACCGACUGCUACCUUGUUACACGUAUGUAAUAUCUACAUCUUUUACUCUUCGUCCACGAUCCCUUUCUCUCUCCGCCAUAAUCCCGCACGACAUCU